AUGAGCUCCUCCUCUAACUCCCGUUCUAACGAAGCCGAAAUGCCGUCAAUUAUAACUACCGCUGAGUCGAACGAUUCUGGAGUUCAAUCCAACAAGGUGAUAACCACAACUGCUACUAAAGGCAACAAGCCGAAAAUAUUGCACAUUGCGCAUAGACGAUCCCCAAGUGAGUUGACUUCGCUUAUGGUCGAACAGUUCAACCUUCAGUGUCAAUUGGAAGCUGUUCAACAUCAACAACAACAAAUAUUGCAACAGCAACAACAGCAAUAUUUAUCCCCUCAAAAACCCAAGAGCAACUCUGCCGUGACUCAUGGAUAUCCUCCUUCAAGUAGCAGCAAUCAGGAUUAUAACCAUAGAAGAAGCCCCUCCAAUUCUAGAACGCUUGGACACUCCAGGAGACACUCCUUAGGACUUGACGAGGCGAAAAAACAAGCGGCUAUUGCUCAACAACAGAGAUCACCUUCAAAGUUGUCAAUCUCAUCCUCUACGGCUACUCCCGCACCGGCUUUCAAAUUCCCAGCUUCCCCCACUUUGAAGCCUCAGGAUACCGUUGAGAGAAAACCAUCUCAUACGAGAUCUAAAUCCGCUGUUCCUUCAUGUGAAAGAUCUCGUUCUCCGCAACACUCUUUUCAGUUCCCACCUCGAGAUAAGACCAACUUAAGCCCUCCAGUUCCAUCCUUUGCAUAUGAUUCUUCUCCUUCACACAGCAGACGCCAUUCUGGAAGCAACAACAGCUCCUGGCGGAAGCACACUAGUACCAGCUCGCUUUCUUCUGAUCCUCAAGCAUUUUUUCCCGGUCACCGUUCUAAAUCCUCCCUCAACAGUAACUCCAUUUCUUCAAUUACGAACUUUACUAAUGUUAAUAAUGGUGGAAAUAGAAAAUCUUUGUUUGCACCCUACUUGACCCAGGCAUCUUUACCCGAUCUUUUAAAUGAGGGAAGGCUGGUUGCCGGAAUUCUCCGUGUUAAUAAGAAAAACCGAUCUGAUGCUUAUGUGUCUACGGAUGGACUAUUGGACGCUGAUAUUUUUAUUUGUGGUUCAAAGGAUCGUAACAGAGCACUGGAGGGUGAUUUGGUGGCUGUUGAGUUACUCGCGGUUGACGAAGUCUGGAAUGCGAAGCGGGAAAAGGAAGAAAAGAAAAGGAGAAAGGACAGACCAAGAAGUCGCAACUCCAAUAAUGCUGAUAUCCACAACGAUGCUUCUACCAAUAGUUAUUCUUCAGUGUCCAAUGAGACUGGUGAUUACCAAGUUUUGGAUAAUGGCUUACAAAGAAGAGGCUCUCUUAAGCAAAGACCAACACAAAAGAAGAAUGACGAUUUAGAAGUUGAGGGUCAAUCUUUACUACUUGUUGAGGAAGAGGAAAUCAAUGAUGAAUAUAAACCUCUUUAUGCUGGCCAUGUUGUUGCCGUUAUUGAUCGUAUUCCCGGUCAGUUAUUUUCGGGUACACUUGGUCUCUUGAGGCCCUCUCAGGCUUCUAAUCUUAACAAGGACAUUAAUGUGAAGCCAAAGAUAGUUUGGUUCAAGCCAACGGACAAGAAGGUUCCUUUAAUAGCCAUACCUACAGAACAGGCGCCGAAGGACUUUGUUGAUAAUCACGAUAGUUACGUUGAGAAGCUGUUUGUUGCAUCUAUCAAAAGAUGGCCUAUCACAUCUCUGCAUCCCUUUGGUACACUCAUAUCUGAGUUGGGUAAUAUGAAUGAUGAUAAUACGGAAGUUGAUGCUAUUUUGCGAGAUAAUAAUUUUCUUUGUGAUGAAUAUGACAAUCCGGAUGAGUUUAUAUCAGACAUCACAUCUACCGUUAACCUUGAGGAGUCAAGAAAGAUUUUUGAAGAUCAAUACAUAAUCGCUGCAUCUCCAACUGGUGCUUGUUAUGAUCAUGCUUUGCAUGUCAAGAGGCUUGAAGAUACGACAAUAGAAUUUGGAAUUCAUAUUUCUGACAUAUCACACUACGUUAAACCUGGCUCCAACUUGGAUAAGAAAGCUAAGAAGAGGUCUCAUUCAGUUUUUUUACCACAAAGAGAAACUCACCUAUACCCUAAAAUUGUUAAUGAUGCAAUUUCAAUGAAAGAAAACUCAAAGAAUCUGGCUAUUUCGGUUGUAUUCAAGAUUAAUACUUUGACUUUUGAAGUGGAUGAUGUUUGGAUUGGUCCUUCAGUUGUGAUACCUAAACAACUAAUUUCUUACUCUGCUAUAGAUCUGAUACUGAACGACGAGACUACUAGUGCAAAUGCAACUACUGAUUACAUCAAGACUUUUUACUUCAUUGCUCGUGAGUUUAGACGGAAAAGAUUACAUGACCCUAUUUUGGAGAAUGGACCGGUUUUGACGUUAAUGGACCAGCUAGACGACGAACGAGUGAAAUUAUCACUCAAUAUUUAUGAUCCAAUUCCUGCGGAAGCUAUGAUCAAUGAAAUCUUUCAUAAAGUUAAUUCUGUUGUUGCGCAUAGAAUUUUCAGUUUGCUUGGAGAAGUGGCUUUUUUGAGAAGGCAGCCGCAUCCUACCCUCCAAAAGUUGGAAACUUAUGUCAAAAAGGUCAAUAAUCUAUCCAUAAAAUUGAAUACCACUGAUGGAGGAACUCUUCAAGAUUCUCUGCUACAGAUUAAGGAUGAAAACACACGUAAAGUGGCGGAAACAAUUCUUCACAAGUGUAUGCCAAGAGGUAAGUACUUUAUUGCCGGGAAAACUGACCCUGAAAACUACUCUCAUUAUUUGCAUAAUUUGCCUUUGUAUACACAUUUUACAGCACCUUCCAGAAGAUACUCAGACCUUAUAGUUCAUAGGCAACUGAAAUUUGCUUUGGCCAAAGAAUGUGAUCCUAAUUUAGUUGGAUCACAGCAUCCUUUUGCGAAGGACCUAGAUCCACAUUACUUAAAGAUGAAUGCUGACUACUGUAAUUUCAAAAAAGACUGUGCAAAAGCUGCUCAAGAGCAAGCAAUUCACUUGUUGCUUUCCCAAACAAUAAAAUCCAUGAGUGAAGAAAGCGGACAGAUCCUGAGCAUGGGGAUAGUUGUCCAGGUAUAUGAGAGUGCUUUCGAUGUAUUCUUACCAGAGUUUGGCAUAGAGAAACGGGUUCAUGGGGACCAACUACCUCUAAUAAAGGCAGAAUUCGAUAAGGACAAACGUGUAUUGGAGCUUUACUGGGAAAAGGGCGUGGAUUCUGCCACGUUUAUCCCCGAAGAUGAAAAUGAACCCCUUUCUUACAGAGCUUCAAUUAAAAAUAGCUACCGUUCUUCAACUGCAGAUGCGGCUAGGAAUCAAUCCAAGAAAAUGAUUAUCAGUAGUAAUGAAGAUAGUAAGAAAUCUUCGUUGGACCCCCACAAUGGAUCUUUUACAUUCCCAGUCACCAGUUUUUCAGCUUAUGGUACAGAGGAGGAUUCGGUUUCUGACUCUUAUCGUGGAAAUGAUGACAAUCCUCUAGCCCCAUAUCUCGAGGCUUGUAUCACCCGAACAGAGGAAGAAAAUAAUAUUCAGGAGAUCCGAGAGCUUCACUCUGUCCCUGUUCUAUUGAGAGCUGAGAUUGGUAUGGCAUUGCCUUGUCUGACUGUUCGUUGUAUCAACCCUUUUGCUUAG